ACGUGGAUGACUCAUCCACGAGGGUAAGCGAAGAGCCAAAAGACAGCUGACCAAAAAGUGUUCCGUUUCGCUCUCAUUUCCUCCAUUUCCUUUUUCUUGUAGUUUGUUGUUGGGUGGGCCGUUGCUUUUGAAUCCCGCUUACUAGACAGAGCGUUUGAAAAUAGUUGGUUUUCAUGAGCGGGCAUGGACUCGAGAGAUCGGAAGGAAUCCACGUCCCACUCGAGUAGUAACAGUUUCAGCCGGAACGCCGCACCCUCUGCUUCCAUUCCGACCGGGAUUAACCCAUUCUAUUCUGAUCACAACGUUCCUCCGUACGAAGCUUCGCACUCUUUUCUGGGGAGAGGGACAACACAGGUCAUGACGAGCGCAUAUGCGCCUUCGACCGAACUACCCAUGGGCUCAGACUUUCCCAUAUCCAUGGCAGACGACUUUCUCCCCUUUCCGCUCUCACCGUCAACCCCCCUCCCUGUGCUGAACCCAGAGGAGCCACUCCUCAACGACGUUGAGCAAAAGUACUUUUCAGAGUUUUUGGAUACACUCGUCAGUCCCGACGUGGAGACGGAUGCAGCGGCGUAUCAUAUGCCACCGUUACCUCAAUCUGCUUUUGACCGAGUACCGCAGAAUAUGUAUAAUCCACGCGGAGACGCUUUGCAUUCUGGAGAACCGUCACAGCCAUCGCCUUAUGGGGGCGUUCCCGUACCGACCCCAAGUCCAGUAGAAGGGCAUGCAGCAAAUUGGACACAAUCGGAUCGCCUUGCACAUCCACCAAAGGCGAACCACCCAAUACCAAAUCUGUACGUUGAUACGUCGGCUGGUCCACCCAGACGCUCGUACCCACUUUCCGCCGGUGCAAACAUGCAAAGCACUCCCCACGGGCACGACCCAUCACCGGGAUCCCUCCUCGUCAAUGACUCUCGCCCAAAUGCCUCGCCAUCUGAAGCAGACUCUCCAGAAAGCGUGUCAACAAACACGCGACGAAAAUCCGAACCAGCCAUCCAAACCAAAGCAGCAGGACGAGGUAAAGCGCCUAAACCAAAAGACAUGAAACGGCGCGGUGGUCGUGAACUCUUGACGGAACAAGAAAAACGCACCAACCACAUCAUGUCUGAGCAAAAACGACGAAACUUGAUCCGACAAGGGUUCAAAGCCCUCGCUGAGCUCGUUCCUGGAUUAAAAGGCGGGAACCUCGGAAGCAGUAAAAGCGUCAUCCUUUACAACACUGUUGGAUUUAUCCGACACUUGGAACAUGGUAACCGAGUCCUGACAGACCAACUAGGCAUGCUUCACAAGCGAUAUAAUAUGCAUGUCGCUGGACAACAACGAGAAGGAGACCGACUCGUUCAUCAACCCAUGCCCAAAAAAGAGGAUAGACCCGACCCAGACCCAAUUCGAACCCAUUCCCCAUCGAAUCGACUCCCGAGUCCGAAUCCACCCAUACAUCCACAUGAUGCCAAACGUACCGCUGGGCAUCGGGUUGUUGAACAACGUGGACAGCCGGUACGGAGGUUAGUGCAUUCUCAUCAGCCUUCACCGGCUUCUACGAGUAGUGAUCAGGCGGAUGUGUCGGAUGGGGUAGGGGAUGUUGGGGGACGACAAGAGAGAACGACAUGACAUGUUAAUCCAAAAAGAAAAACGCGGGCAGAGGGAAGGGACAUUGGGUAUUUUUUUUCUUUUUUCUUUCAGUAUAUAACCUAAUCUGCGAAAACGUUGUAUAUAGUAAUAAUAAUGGGGUGCCUGCUUUUUUUUUUGACGAGUGGUUAUGAAUCUUGUGUUUUUUUUUUCAUGAUCACUCGUGCAUGUUGUGUCGUAAGUUUCCUUUCUAUAAUAAAAUAUACAAACGCU